AUGCCCAAAGUUAUUGUAGUCGGAGCUGGUGCUGGAGGCGUAGCCACUGCUGCUCGUUUGGCAAAACAAGGCUUCGAUGUCACUGUCGUUGAGAAGAACGACUUUGUCGGCGGCCGAUGCUCUCUGAUCCAUCAUAACGGCUAUAGAUUCGACCAAGGUCCUUCUCUUUUAUUGAUGCCAGAAGUGUUCCACGAGACGUUCCAUGAUCUAGGAACCUCUAUUGAAGGCGAAGGAAUCUCUUUGUUAAAAUGCGAGCCAAACUACCGGGUCUGGUUCUCUGACCACGACAGCUUCGAUCUAACAACUGAUGUGGCAAGGCUGAAGCCACAAAUAGAGCAUCAUGAGGGAGAAAACAGCUUUCAUAGCUUUCUCGGCUUCAUGCAAGAGUCUGGUCGUCAUUACGAUUUGUCAAUGAUCCAUGUUUUGCGCCGAAAUUUCCCUGGCUUAUUUAGUAUGAUGCGACUUGGAUUGCUGCAGUCCCUGUUUACGAUGCAUCCCUUCCAAAGUAUUCAUAGUCGUGUCAGUCGAUACUUCACGUCUGACAAGAUGAGACGGAUAUUUACCUUUGGAAAAUUGGCAGGUGGGGUUUGGUAUCCCGCUGGGGGUUUUGAAAAGGUUGAGAAAAUUGGAAAACGCCUUGGAGUCGAAUAUCGCCUCAAAUCUCCUGUAUCCUCGAUCAUUAUUUCAGAAGACCAAUCAGCAAAAGGCGUUCUUCUCUCAUCUGGCGAGAAGCUCGAGGCAGAUCUUGUGGUGGUCAACGCAGACCUGGUCUAUGCAUACAACCAUCUCCUUCCUGCAUCCAAAGAAGCACGCCGUCUAAGCAACCGCGAAGCAUCUUGCAGCAGCAUCUCCUUCUUCUGGUCUUUUGACCGUGUGAUCAGCGAGUUAAAAGUACAUAAUAUAUUUCUUGCUGAGGAAUACAAAAACAGCUUUGACUCCAUCUUCAAGGAUCACCAAUUGCCAAACGAACCGUCCUUCUACGUGAAUGUCCCAAGCCGAAUUGAUCCUACAGCUGCCCCGAAGGGUAAGGAUGCAGUGGUUGUACUGGUGCCUACUGGCCAUAUGAUGGACAGCACUGAACCCCAAGACUGGGACACGCUCGCCAGCAAAGCAAGAGACACUGUAUUUGAUACAAUCGAAACACGCACUGGAGCUCGAGCACUUCGAGAAAGUCUAAUCCACGAGUACGUCGAGACACCGGCAAGCUGGGAGGAAAAGUUCAACCUCAAUCGAGGCUCUAUUCUAGGGCUUUCACAUUCAUUCUUCAAUGUGUUAAGUCUUCGUCCAAAGACUAAGCAUUCUUCCAUCAAGGGACUUUACUUUGUGGGGGCAAGCACUCAUCCUGGCACAGGAGUUCCAGUGUGUCUUGCGGGGAGUAAACUGAGAAAUGCCACAAUUGAUACCCUACGGAGUAGCGUCUCUUCUCUCUGA